AUGCUACUUGAUCGAGGUUUCACAAAUGAUAUGAAAUCAUUAUCCAUUGAUUGUUCUUUUUGUCAGUGGCAUGGUGUCUUCAAUAACUAUCAAGAACAUCUUAAUCAAUCACAUUCAAAUCUCAGAUGUGAUUAUGAUCAUGAACAGUUCAAUUCAAUUAAUAAAUUCAAUGAAUAUAAAGUCUCACAAUGUCAACAACGUAUUGUUAACUGUAUAUUGAAAAACUUUGGUUGUAAUGGGCCAAUUAUCCGUACCAAAAUGAAAGAUCAUUAUUUGACUGAACAACAUCAACAUGCCGUACUCAAUGCUGUUCAUCAACAGUCAUCGCAAUUAAACGAUAGACAAACGGAUAUUGAUUCUACUGAGGUUACAAAUGCAGGAGUUUGUGAUGCUGACACAGUUCAACCAGAAGAGGUUACUGAAAGACUCAGUAUCUUGGUACGUGACACAGAAACAUUGACAAGUGAUGAACAACGUCUUAGCCAUGAAUUACUUCCAACAUUGGCAGAAGAAUUAUCGAAAGUUAAAUUAUCUGUUGAAGAAUCAAAUCCUUUUUUGGAAGGAGUGCAACAUAAUCAAGAUCUUCUUAACCAAGACUUAUCAUCAUUGCAAGAAAAAAUCAAUGAUUUGCAGUGUGUUUCACAUGAUGGAACAUUGAUUUGGAAAAUUACAAACUUUCAAGAGAAAAUGAGUAAGUUGAACAGUUACUUUUAUGCUAAAUGGUAA